AAAACGGUUUCAAUGAUAUUGUCCGCAGGCAGCUAGGACCAUCUCUUGAUGGGGAUAGUGGGCUUGUAUAUGCAUAUGAUGGAAAUCUCAAGCUUGGAAUUUUGCCUGCAAGUAUAUUUUGCAGUGGACAUACUUAUUUUGUGCAGGCCAUGUAUCAGCAACUCAGAUUGGAACCAUAUGCUAUUCAUACCACUUUUCAGUAUGCAGGAACUGAUGGAAAGCGUCACCGGCUGAGGGAAGCCAUGGUGUUCUAUGAUCCACCAGAAUAUUAUGAUGCCCCAGGAGGUUUUUUGUCAUUUAAGCCAUCAAUCCCUAAGAGCUUGCUAUUAGAUGGAGAGCACAAUAUCGAAUCUCACUUCUCUCUUGUUAAUUACCAAAUAAAACAAAUAAGGACAGCACUUGCUAUUGCCUCAUUGUUGAACCGUACUCUGGUGAGAAGAAUCUAAAGGCUUGACUUGUUCAUCCUUCAUGGUUUUCUAGUGA